AUCGCUGGUGGAAAUUGUGUUGCCAUCCAACUUGCGCCAUUCACUCCUGUCAUCUAAAUAUUUUACUUCCAAGUAACAUUUUAUCCGUAUAGGAAAAUAUGAGCUAUGACAACUUCGAGGAGAUGGCUACUUUUGUGUCAUUUCAGUCUCAGCUAUCAUCCAUUAUGGAUACACUGGCGAAAACAGCAAUAUUUGAGAUUAGUAAACUUGUCGACAUCGAAUCCAGGGGUCUAAAGCAGGAAAUUUCUCGCAGUCAGAGAGAAAUUGCCUCUCUGAAGAACAAACUGCAGAUGAUGGAGAGCCUUAUCUGGACCGGUGAAGAACAUAAACGUAAUGCUGUAUCUGACGACGGUCUCAUAUUACGGGAACCACCGUUAGAGGAUCAUAACAUGAAAAUCUGCAAUGAUGGACAGUCUAGCAAUGACAUACUACGGAUGAAAGGCGAACGUAACAUACUCAACCCCUCUGAUGGAUGUCACCGUGUGGAAAAGAAGUCCACAGAUACUCAUCAAGUCAUUCUCAUCAAGGAGGAACCCAUUGAAGUUAAACUGUGCAAUAGCAAGUCUCCAGGAAUGUUGAGCAAUUGUGAAGAUAAAAUGAGUUUGGGGAAUGAUGAUCAUGCAAGGACUCUUUCAACUGACAAGCAGCAUGAAAGCAUUAUGGACACACCAACACUCACCACAAGCACCCAAGGGAGUCAGAUCUCUGUGCCCUCCUCUGCACAGCUCAAUGAGCAGGAUGGUGAGACAUCAGCUGAUGCACACCCAACUACUCCAGAGAGGGAUGCCUCGCUCUUUGAGUUCAAUUCUUGCACCAAAGAGGCCCCACCUGUGUCGCAAAUAUCCAGUUUGGCCCGAACUCAGUGGAACAGUGACCAAGGGGCUAGCAGGGGGGACAGGCGCUUCGUCUGCACCUACUGCAACAAGAGAUUCCGGUGCUUCAGUCAGCUGGAGACGCAUCAGAGGAGUCACACUGGCGAGAAGCCCUUUCACUGCACACUGUGUGGGAAGAGAUACGCCCAGAAAGGGCACCUGUACACCCACCAGAGGACGCACACGGGCGAGAAGCCCUAUCGCUGCCUUGUCUGCGGCAAAGGCUUCAUCCAGAAGUGCACUCUCGACAUGCACCAGCGCACUCACACAGGAGAGAAGCCUUUCCUUUGCCUGAGGUGUGGGAAAGGCUUCACCAAGAAGUGCAAUCUAAAAAAACAUCAGACUAUUCACACAGAGCUGAGUGGGGACUUUUGGGGAGCAUGCAGAGUUUCGGGGAGGUAGGCUCCAGAAAAAGGACUUAGAUUAGGUGUUGUGCUCUAACAGAACAGUUAGUAGUACAGAUCCCAGUAACCACUAAAGUCCUACAGAUCCAUGGAUUGUUAGCUGUAAUGCAAAGAACUAAUGCAUUAUGUAAUGCAUUGUGUUUACAUGGCUGUACAUGGCAGAAAUAACAUGUAGAAUGUAUGUGUAAUAACAUCUGUGUUUUGUACUUAUAGUAUUUAAAAUCUUAAACUGUUAAGGGUGUUGUUUUGGGAGCUAAUGCUGGCUAUUCGAUACAGACUAUGGCUAAAUUAAUUUAGUAGGACUCAUUGGAGAAGGUUACAUUUGUACGCUACUGGAAAAAACAGUAGGGUUCUCUCAAACAAUCUAGCUUAGGGAAUGAUCAGACAGGACGCGUUUUGUGCAGAGAGGUGCGCCUUUUUAUGUCGUUUCGUAUUAGCUGUAAGCGUUUUGCGCGCUGCUUAUGCGUACCUCACAUUUUUACGGAGGCGCCUCGACUUCAAAAAAGUUAAAAUCCAACUGGAAAAGCACAUGUGCUUUUAUGAAAACAUAGUGCACCUCGCGUUUUAUAACCGGCAAAGUGUGUCCUGUCUGAUCAUUACCUUUGAUAGCAGUCAUAUAUACAGUAGAUCUUUAUCAGGGGUGGCGAUCAUUGGGCUCGCCAGCAUUGUGCGGCUUAUGGCUAAAUGCAGUUCAAUAUUUGACAAUACUGCCAAUAAAGUUGCCUAUAUUUUGAUUAAAA